CGUGCGUCAUCUACUCUCCUUCUAACUCUGCAGCACAGGGAUAGUGUGGGUGAAACCAACGUGAUUGAAGUGUUUCGCAUUGCGCGCAACAUCAAACAGGCGAUACGCCUGUGUUGCUUUGUCGCGAUGGGGAUGACUGCUGUCAAAUCCGAAACGACUUUCACACAAUACUCCGUGGACGCACAAGCAUCAACGAGCGCCGCGCCGUCCGCUCGCACGCUUCUCUAUCCUUGCGGAACCAACUUCAUCUUCGCACGCUUCUUUAGGAUCAAUGUGGUCAGAGCACAUGAUGGUAGGCAUGCGUCUUGGACCAUCGCUAGUGUGUACAAAAUGACUUUUUUCACUAUAUCUGACCUGGUGUUCCUUACCGCAGCUUUAGUUGGUAGUAACGGUAAAUAGUUGACAUGUCUAUGCGUCAUAUGUGACUCGUGAGUAGGUUCGUCUCG